AGAGAACUCGAGCGGAAAGAAGAAGAAGAGGAAGAAGAAGAAGAAAGGACGCGGAAAAGAGGAAAAACAGAGGCCACGGCUGGAAUCACAGCAUCAGUGGUUUUAAUCAACUCACUGUGCAAAGGCUCUGAUUGAAACCCGCUCUAAAUCAGCAGCAGCGAAAUGACCUUAUUGACCACCCGAGCAGGCAGGACUGACAGGAAGGAGGACGAGGAGGAGGUCGAAGGGGUGACUGACAGAGUUACGCCCUCAGUAAAGAAACUACAACUGUUGUAUGGCCUGAAAACAUCGGCUUCUAUUCAUGUUAAUAUUUACCAUAUAAGUCAACAACGAAGACAAAGAAACUUAUUAUACAUUUAUUAUGAACUUAUUUUACUUGUUAUAUCAUUUAAACUUACAUUUUUGAGUGUCCUCAAAAUAUAAUGACCAAUGCUGUGCAACAUUGAAAUGACGAAUUUAUUGUGAGGCACUAACACGGCUUGAUUUGAUAAUUGGGAAUAAUAAUAAUUUUUUUAAAAAAAUCACAAUUUACCAAAAUGCCAACUGAGAGAAUCAGUAUCUAUUUCUACGUAGGUAAAACAUUUAGAGGUCGCAGACAGAAACCCUGUAAUACUUUUUUUUUUUUUUCCGCACACGAUUUCUAUUUUGGGUUAUUGCUCGGGUUAUUGCUUCGUGAAAACUGCAAGGAUAACUUUGUGUUUUCUUUCCUCCCUCUGCAUCUCCGUCUCUUUAUCUGGGCCACAGUGAAGGGACAGACUGACCCUCCCUCAGUCCCCAUUUAUGAGCUGUAUCCCAGUGGAGAAUUUCCGAAGGGAGAAGAGUGUGAAUACCCCCCAUCGAAAGACGGGCGCAGUGCAGCAUGGCGGACAACCAGUGAAGAGAAGCAGGCACUGGACAGGGCCAACGAGGAAAUGUGGAGUGAUUUCAGGCAAGCAGCCGAGGCGCAUCGACAAGUGCGCGCUUACGUCAGGAGCUGGAUCAAACCGGGGAUGACCAUGAUUGACAUCUGUAAUUGUUCCCCUGUUCCCGCUCUCUAUGGCUUUGGCAGUGAGAAGCUGGAGGACUGCUCCAGGAAACUCAUCAAUGAAAAUGGACUGGGGGCCGGCCUGGCCUUCCCCACAGGCUGCUCCAUCAACCACUGUGCUGCCCACUACACCCCUAAUGCAGGAGACCCCACCGUGCUGCGCUAUGAUGAUGUCUGCAAAAUCGACUUUGGAACUCACAUCAACGGACGAAUAAUAGACUGUGCCUUCACCGUCACCUUUAACCCAAAGUAUGACCGACUGCUGGAGGCAGUGAGAGACGCCACAAACACUGGCAUCAAGUGUGCAGGUAUCGACGUGCGCCUGUGUGAUAUCGGUGAGACGAUCCAGGAGGUGAUGGAGUCGUACGAGGUGGAGAUAGAUGGGAAAACAUAUCAAGUGAAGCCCGUCAGGAAUCUCAACGGCCACUCUAUUGGACCGUACAGGAUACACUCAGGGAAGACCGUCCCUAUCGUUAAAGGUGGAGAAGCCACUAGAAUGGAGGAAGGUGAGGUUUAUGCCAUCGAGACAUUUGGCAGCACCGGCAGAGGUGCAGUCUACGAUGACAUGGAGUGCUCACAUUACAUGAAAAACUUCAAUGUGGGACACGUGCCAAUCAGACUUCCAAGGGCUAAACAUCUUCUGAAUGUCAUCAACGAGAACUUCAGCACACUGGCUUUUUGUCGCCGCUGGCUGGACCGCCUGGGUGAGAGCAAGUACCUGAUGGCACUGAAAAAUCUGUGUGACCUCGGCAUCAUAGACCCGUAUCCACCUCUGUGUGACAUCAAGGGCAGCUACACGGCCCAGUAUGAGCACACCAUUCUACUCAGGCCCACCUGCAAAGAGGUCGUGAGCCGUGGAGACGACUACUGAGCAUGCAGCAGAACCUGCUGAGAACCAGGACGAGCGCUUGAGCGCCGAGACGACACACCUCUUCAGACUGAUAGAAAUUAUGCAACAUUUCUCUGGCCAAAAUUUUCACUGCUAAGAAAAAAAAGCCUUUAGGUAACUGUUAGCAAAAGAGAAAAAAAAAAAAGUUGAAAUGAUACUUUAAUACUAAAAGGGCAUACUUUUAAAAGUUUUUAGAUUGUGUUAAAUUAAUGGGCUGCUUUUAGGAAAUGCAAAUAAUAAUAAAAAAAAUCUAUAUAUGCAAGAUAUUCAUGCGGAAUUUUUUUUUGGUUAAAACCCUAAAUGCUUUUUUUAUUUAUAGAAAUAUUUCUAUUUUUAUUUUUUUUUUGCUGGAAUUCAGUUGUAAGUUGGUUUUUAUAAGAGAGAAAUCCUGACAAAUUGUGCAUUAAAUGCUGUCUCUGCACACGA